AUGUUACUACAAGAAAAAGUUGUUUUGGCACCUCUARCAAGGCAAAGAUCAUGGGGCAAUGUCCCUCAACCACAUGCUAUCUUAUAUUAUUCACAAAGAACAACCAAAGGAGGCCUUCUUAUUGCAGAAGCCACAUUUGCUUUAGAAAUAGUUGAGGCCGUUGUAAAUGAGAUAGGAGCAGAUAGAGUGGGUAUACGAUUAUCCCCGUUUGCAAACUACAUGGAAUCAGAGGACUCAAAUCCGAAAGCUUUAGGUCUUUAUAUGGCUGAAUCUUUGAAUGCAUACAAGAUUCUUUAUUGCCAUAUGGUGGAACCAAGGAUGAAAGAAUUAGGCGAAGCAGUCGAAUGCCCUCACAGUCUUGUGCCGAUGAGAAAGGCAUUCAAAGGAACUUUUAUUUCUGCUGGAGGGUAUGAUAUGGAAGACGGUAACAAAGCCUUGUCUGAAAACCGAACAGAUCUUGUUGCUUAUGGUCGUUGGUUUUUGGCAAAUCCAGAUUUGCCAAAAAGAUUCGAGCUUAAGGCUCCUCUUAACCAGUAUGAUAGGAACACGUUUUAUACGCCUGAUCCUAUCGUUGGAUACACCGAUUACCCAUUUCUGGAAACCACGGUUUAAGUUCGUUAGAGUCGAUCUAAGCACACAAGUUUGAAGAAAUUAGAACAAAGAUUCUGAUAAGUUGGAAAUGUUGAGUAAAAGCAUUGAUCAAAUUAAAGGGUCUGAAAUAAUACAUGUUUAUUUACUUGAAGUUAUUUGAGGGUGAUUGGCAAAUUGCAAUAUAGUGUUUGUUUCCUUGUUUUAUGAAAUUAAUAAAUACUCUGUUAUUAUUCCGCC